CAGCAAAGAAAGACAAAUGAUGGGAGAGGAGAUAAAACAGAGAGACAGAGAGACGCUGGGGAGACGUUCAGGAAACGAGUGCAGACAGACACUGACAGCUUCAGAUCCACUGAGAGAUACGGAGGAAGGAGGAGGGGCGGGAGGAGGAGGUGGAGGAGGAGGAGUCAGAGAGGCAGAUAAAGAGCAGAGGCAGCAGCAGAGGGAGCAGAACGCAAAUGCUGGCCUACAGGAGAGACGCCAUCACUCAUCUGCAGCGUCAGAGAAGAGAGGACAGGAGGAGGAGCACCCGAACCACCCACCAGGAGGAGGUUUCUCCCAGACAGACGCUGACUUACCAGCAAAACUCAGCAGGAGAUCCCUCCACGCUGAUCCCAGAGGCGCUGGCUCACAGAGGUGCAUCAUGGGAACUUCUUAGACCUGUACCCACCUGAGCACCGCCCACACACAGCAUGCUGGCCAGGUUAUCCCAAAGGAAGAGCGCUCCAGGAGGAGCCAGAGGGCUGCUGCUGCUCCCUCUGCUCCUCACAAUGAUGAUGAUGGUGACGAUGGUGAAGGCUGCCAGCGUUGAUGAGGUGGAGAGCGAGGAGAGUCAGGAGAUCCUGGAGGACGAGGAGGCCGUCAGUGGAGAGCUGCAGGACCUGACCUCCUCGGAGUCGGGCAGAGUGUCUCCUCAUAGCUCCUGGCUCUUCUUCAGAAGGAACUCCAACAGAGGGGACAACCGCAGAAGCAAAGGGCCCCGGAGAACCUCCAAGCAUGGUCUUCCAGGCCCUCCAGGCCCUCCAGGACCUCAGGGGCCUCCUGGUCCACCUGCAGCCCUCCUGCCCCAACAACAGGAGCUGAUCCAGGAGCUGAAGGUGAAGCUAAAAGAGUCUGGUGACAGAGUGCAGGUGCGACUCAGAGACAGCGUGAAAGCAGCCAUCUGCAUCGAGUCGCUCUGCCAGAGCAACCUCUCUGUGGAGUCGGUGAUGGGCGUGGCAGCUGCCGGAGGAACGUUCAGCAUGUUGCUAACAGGAACGCUGUACCUGCAGGCGGGAGAGUACGUGUCGGUGUUUGUGGAUAACGCCACGGGCUCGGCCAUCAGCAUCCUCCAGGACUCUCUGUUCUCUGGAAUCCUGCUGGGAAUCUGAGUCACAUGACCGCUGCCAUCAGCAGACGGACACUUUGCUCCUCUGUGAGGUUCACCUCAUCAUCAUCGCCGUCUUCACCCUUUUACCUGAGUGGGAGCGCUGCUGUUUUGUGGACCUCCACCUACUCCAGCUUCAUCAGCAUCCACCGAUGGAGCGACCACAGUCGGACUCAAACACACCUGGAAACCUUCAAACAAACAAACCUUUGAGUCAUUUCAGUGAGAACUUCGCUGAAGUCAGACAUUUUCUUCAAUGAAAUUUUUUUGGUUUUUGCCUCGGGUCACACUUAUAGUUCAGUCAUGUGACGACCAUCAACAAUCGAGGAGCCCUCUCUGUCCUCUGUGGCGUCUCCAUCCCAGUGACAGCUACACCUGCUCUGCACCUUCACUGUUGGCUAAAAGACAAAAAUGACAAAAACAAGCUUAACCUGUGCACCUGCAAGCUGCUUUGCAACCCACCUCCACCAUAGCUCCUCCUUUUUUUGUAGGGAGCUUCAAUUGCUGUCAGAGGUCCCAGAACUCAGCCAGACGUGCGAACAGAAAUGAAAGCAGAUGGAAAUAAUCUUCUUACUACAGUGAUGAGAAUAUUAACCCACUACUAGUGCCCGCUUUAAGGUAAACAUGUGCACCAAGGAGCACAUGGCAGACACAGUGUGAUGAUUUAGACACGAGUCUAACGGCUCCAUCAAAGAGAGAACGACUGCAGCGCUGCCGGUUUCACAGGCGGCGCCUUGUUAACUGAGCGGGUCGAAGGUCCGAUCUGCUCAUGUAUAACUCAUAUGCAUGUGCUGCUGCAGGUCUGUGUCUGCAGGACUGCAUUAAAAGAAAGCAGCAUUGUGUGUGGAAAAGAGCACAUUUCUAAAAUGAAAGCGUCACAGUAAGCGGAGUGUUUCCACAGUGUUUCCACCCUCGCUGACACUGAGGAGCCUGUGCUCAGCUGGCUCGGCCUCAGUUUUCCAACCACGCUGCAGCGCUGGCGCUCGCUUCAGGUCAUCGCCUGCUGGUCAUCAAAGGAACUGCAGCUGUGGCGGCUACUCGCCAGCCGAUACUUGGAUCUGAUGAUUAUUUCAUAUGAAGUCAUCUGAUGACAAACAGUGUUUAUCUGUACAGACUCCAUUAUUGGUUUUCAUAUCACUUUCAUUUGAUAUUUAUUCUCUCAGUGAAACGUGGUAAUAAAAGCAUUUCUUAUUGAUCUUUAAA